AUGGCCACUCUACCAGAAAAGCAACCUCUCGUUAUGGGCGGGUAUGCCCGAAUGCCAGACAAGCUCCCCUCCACGUUUGUUUCGUCGACGGUACCUUGUGUAUUUGACAAUACCGUCAUUCUUGCGGCAACCCACCCCACAGUCUCGACCGCAGAUCCAUUAGACGAUGGCUGGUUCAUUUCGGAUUUUUAUGCCUUUAACUAUCUGUUGAAAGGCUUGGGCAUGCAUCAGACAUGGAUAACCGCAGCUGAUCCAAGAAAAUUAGUGGAGAAGUAUGGUGCAUACCUUCAUGGCAACCCGUAUGAGGAUCGAAAGGUCUGCCUCGAUAAAGACAUGCUAGACCAACAGCAAAUCACCCCAGUCACCAUCGUUCGCUCGGGUGAAAUGAUAGAUCGGGUUCUUUCAGAGGCAAAAUGGGCGUCAGAAUUAGCGAAACGGCAUGAGGCGCCACUUCUACUACUCUUCUUUUGCCAUGGGCUACCGAAUCAUCACUUUUUGUUGAAUGAUGGAAACAGCCACAAGGGUCUCAGCAUAGUCAAUCUCAAGGGUGUGCUUGAGCCAAGUGUGCGUGUGACUCUCCUAAGCACUGCUUGUUAUUCCGGAGGGUGGAUCACCACCCCCGAGCUCAACCUCACCGCUAUGACAGCUGCGGACGGAAACGACGAUCCAGCCGCCGGAACUUCGAAUGCCUGGGGUGCAUCCCAGAGCAUUGGGCGAACUUGCGGGUCCGUGUUUGUAAGCACCCUGCUAGAGACUUUGUCUAGUGCGACAAGUCCUCUUCUCGAAGAUUGUGGUCUGGACACAAGCCUAUCAGACCCACAGCAAAGUCUUCAACCAGAUAACCCCAAUAGCUUUCAGACUUUGAGCUAUAAUUCAUUUUGCCAUUCUGUUUGGAGUACAUGCGCAGAUCGCAUAACACGGCUCGGCAGCUCCCAAAACUUCCAGUUUGGUGCCCAGGAUGAUGCCUGGGAAUACUCGUGGACAGGGAGAACAGGAAUCCCAUUGUUCCACUUCAGGAACCGGUGGGAUGCACUUACCUCUUAUCCAUAUCAAGAGCCCAGUGAUAUCAGGGACCUUAGAAAUCCACACCCGAAAAACACCACAUUUUUGGAGCAAGAUCCGAACAAAACUGCAUCGGGAAACCAGGUUAUUGAUGAAAUGACUGGCCAUAUGGCCCAUAGAAGACUAAAAGGCAUGGCCAGAACUUUCCACCAAACCUGUCCCGGUGAAUGGGAUCGUGGUAAGGAGGUGGGCUUUGGAGGCACGCUCCGUGGAUUCUACGAGCGUGACAUGUUCCAGGAAAAAGCGCCGAUGUUUGAAGCGGCGAUACGCUUUAGGUGGGAGGCAGCCCUUCUCGCAGACUGCAUUCUCGAGUUGUUUGACCUUCCUGCUCCUGGUAACGAGAUUUGCAUCAUGUGGAACCGGUUUUUGUGGCUUGAACAGAAACAGGAGACAAUGCCAAUGCCUGACUUGAAGGCACGUUGGCGGAAAAUAGGUGAGACAAGUGCUAUAAUUUUAGCCAUUGAGGAUUUCAUGAGCACAGUUCGGAUGUUUCACCAGCAGCGUCUAUCUGAGGACCAAGAAGUUCGUGGCAGAGGCCGCGAGUGGCUAAAAUCCAUCGGUCGACGGGCUCGCAAGUCCCUCUCGCCGCGGAAAAGAACACGCCACUCGACAUCCGUCUCUUGCUAA